AUGUCUAUUACCCCGGAAUUACCUUGCCUCCAGCUGUCAGCGGAGGACCUAGACGCCCAGUUGCAUGGACUGCUCUCGUUGGAUGAGAGCGUCUUGGCGUCAAGCAAAAGAACUGUCACAGUCCCGGAAGUCGGCCAACAGCAACAAGAACCCUUUCGAAAGAUUGGUGCUGGCGCCUGCGGUGCCAUCUUUGGUCGCCCCGGAAAAUCCAUUGUGAUUAAGCUGGCCAAGGCCAGCGAUAAUGACGAACUCUGGAACGACUGCGUUAAGCACAAACACCUUCUGAAGCAGUUCAAACUACAUCACGUCACUUCGGUCAGGAUCCCAAAAUGCUACGGGUUUGUUCCUAAGGACAGAUAUGAGUUCUGGGAGAGCAGCGAGGCGCUUACCCAGGCCGCCGGGCCAGUCUGUCACAUCCCAACCCAUGGUCUGUGGAGUGAGAGAAUCCAGCCCCUUCCCGACAUCACAAGGCGCCUCCUCAUAGAGAAGUUCUGCCCGCAGAGGGUCAAGUCGCAGGCGCUUCUCGACCCAGCAAACCGGGACUGCCUGGUGCGAGUCUACCUUGGAUCACAGAGGGGGAGAAGCGGCGGGAUGUUCUUUUCCCUGCGAAACUUCAAGAUGCACCUCAAUCACCUGGUCGACCUGAACCUCGGCGUCUACGAGCUGGCCUCGAGCAUGGCGACUGCCCUGGCGGUUAUGCACUGGGCCGCACAGACCGAUGCGAGAGACGUCGAGUUCGCUCUCGGCAGCGUCACAGAACCCCUGCCUAGCAUGAGCGCCGCAGAGAUAGCCGCCCUCCCACCGGAUACUCGGAUUGGCCCCCAAAGUGAUGACCCGGAAGACUUCCAUCACCGCAAGACUGUUCUUUGGCUCCUGGACUUUAACCAGGUCAGGACUAUCACCAUGGACGCCGAUGGCGUCGCCCAAGCGGUGGAAGCAUUCGGGAUCAACGACCCGUAUUACCCAAGGCCCCUUUAG